AGAGGCCCAUAGAAAACGAAACAACAGACAGCAACAGCAGCAAUUCUGAGAACGGACAGGAAUCGGUAGCAACUAUUAGUUAUUAUCAGCAGUAGCAGCAGCAGAAGCAGCAGCACAACAACCACAAAAUGAAUAAAACAGCACAAUUCGAAGCUCCGCUGACCAUUGAGCCAGAGCAUGAGUUGCGCUUUGUUGGUCCUUUCAAUCGACCAGUGGUGACAAUCAUGACCUUGAAAAACAAUUCGGCCAGGACACUGGUCUUCAAAAUUAAGACCACCGCUCCGAAGCGCUAUUGUGUACGUCCCAAUAUUGGAAGGAUUGCGUCUUAUCGUACGACGCAGGUGGAAAUUUGCCUGCAGCCUUUUAUGUACGAUCAGCAGGAGAAGAACAAGCACAAGUUCAUGGUGCAAAGCGUGCUGGCACCGCCCGAAGCCGAUUUGACUGAUUUAAACAAGUUGUGGAAGGAAUUGGAACCUGAACAGCUUAUGGAUGCCAAGCUUAGGUGCGUAUUCGAAAUGCCGCCCAUGGAGGACAAUGCAGAGAAUAAUAGUGGUAGUGGCGCCGUCGGCGUCAGCGGUGCCGGCUCGGCCAGUGCCGGCGGCAGCGUGGGCACCAAUGCGCCGGCAUCUCUCAGCUCUGGUGAGGCGCUCAAAAGCGAUAUAACUGUGCCGUCCGCUCCGAUGAAUUUUAACGAUGCGGAAUAUGCCGCAGCCCUGGCGGCUGAGCUUAAGGAGAUACGCGAUAUGAAUGGGGAACUGCGAAAAGAGAAUCUACAUUUGAAGGAUCAAAUCACACGCUAUCGUAGCUCUCCGGCCGCCAAGCAGAUCAAUGAGCCCUAUGCUCCGGUUCUGGCUGAGAAACAGAUUCCGAUCUUUUAUAUAGCCAUUGCAAUUGCUGCCGCCUUUUUUGGUCUGUUGCUGGGCAAGUUUUACCUCUAAAUGCCAUAACAACAACAACAACAGCAACAACAACUAUAACAACAACGAACA